AUGUCUUUAUUUGGACUGAAUUUUGUUGUUCUGGCUUCGUUCUACUUCUUUGCUGUUGACAGCAGGCCGACAGCUGUUCACCUGCGUAACAUGGACAGCUUCAUCCGAGCCGUGCAGCAGGUUGAAGACUCCAACCCUGGUGUGUGUCCGCUGGCUCUGGUUCGGGCCCUGCGGAGGACCGCCGGCCAUGAUGAUAUGAUGACCGUCCAUUUCCUGGGUGCUUCAAAUAAUCUCACUGACACUGAUGGUCUAGAGACGGCCAUUCUUAAUGUCUCGUCCUUCAGCUUUUUUGACAAGGCCAUCCACCACAUUGUGACAGACUACGGAGAAGAACGAGGGGUGGUUCUCGCUCCAGAUGGUACGACGGUAGCUCUCGCACCCUUAUUGCUCGGAAUUGAAUCGGGGCUGAAAGCCAAGAUGGAGGGGACGACAGCUGUUGGGAUCUUUCCGCUCACUCUAGGCAGGACUCUGGGCCUGUCAUUCCUCAGCCUCCAGGACUUCCCAGCAUCCCUCCGCCUGGGGCCAAACGGGUGCUGGGACAGCGUGGAGCGCCCUAAGGUGUUCAAGCUGUCUCGGCCACCCACUCUAGCCACAGAUGCCAUGAUCAAUGGGGGUAUGGAUGGAGCUAUACUGGGCACAGACCUCAGCAAUCUGUCUGCAUCUGAACAGCCACCGGCCCUUAGUAAGAUUUUGAAGGGCUACUAUAGUUUUGUUCUAAGUGAAGAGCGGGGCCUUGAUGCAGUGACCAGCCAUGUUAGCCCGAGGCGAAGGGAGCUCUCUAGAUCCAUUCUGGAGACGGCUAAUCUUCACAGCCAGCUGAUGGACACACUGACAUUGGUCUGGAAGCUGGAGAAGACAGAAUGGAUUGCUCUGGACACUGGAGUGAGCAAGGCAGUUAAGGAUGGACUGAAGACAUUUGUGCACAAGUACUGGGACUGCCCUCAAAUCAUCCCUCGCUGUCAGUGGGGGGCAAAACCCCCUCAGGAUACACCCAUCCCGCUGUCCCUUCCCCUUCGGUUUCUCUACGUUCAUCACACCUAUGAACCAUCCUCGCCCUGUUUAUCCUUCACAAACUGCUCUCGGGACAUGAGGUCCAUGCAGCGUUUCCACCAGGAGGACCGCGGCUGGAAUGACAUAGGAUACAGCUUUGUGGUCGGCUCUGACGGCUACGUAUAUGAAGGCAGGGGUUGGAACCUGCUUGGCACGCACACCAGAGGCCACAAUGCCAUCGGUUAUGGCGUGUCGAUCAUCGGUAACUACAGCUCCACCCUGCCGUCUCGCCACGCCAUGGACCUGCUGCGCCAUCGCCUGGUCCAGUGUGCUGUAGAUGGAGGAGGGCUGGCUGCCAACUUCACCAUCCACGGCCACAGACAGGUGGUGAACUACACCGUCUGCCCUGGAGACGCCUUCUUCUCAGAAAUCAGAAACUGGGAACAUUUCAGGGAUUGACAGGGUCACCCACAGCCAGGUUGACAGUCGUAAACAUCAUUAAUAGUUCUUCAGGGUAUGAUAGCUAUUUAUUUUUGAAUAAUUUUAAAAUAUAUUUUCGGUAUGUUUUGCUAUGAAAUGGCUCUUGGGUAAUUCUCCAGACUCUGGAUCAGGUUAUCAUGGUAACACUGGAGACUCAGUUCAGAUCCACGUGUUCCAGUGCAGGAUUAAAUUAAUUCAAUGAUGCCUCUCUCUGGUCAUCCCCUCACAUGUGAAUGUAAAUACAAAUACAAUUCUCCUGUAGGAGUAAGACAAACUUUGUUCUCAGGCUCAAGUCAGCGAAACAGAGAUAAUUAACAUUCGUCUUAUUACACAAUCUUUAUUUUUCCUCUUUUACAUGAAGCCAAAUCUCCA